AUGAAGACUCUCCGGGCGCGGUUUAAGAAGACAGAGCUGCGGCUCAGCCCCGCCGACCUCGGCUCCUGCCCACCCUGCGGCCCCUGCCCGCUCCCGAAGCCGGCAGCCAGAGGCAGGCGCCAGAGCCAAGACUGGGGCAAAAGUGACGAGAGGCUGCUGCAGGCCGUGGAGAACAGCGACGCCUCCCGGGUGGCCGCCCUCAUCUCCCGCAAGGGGCUGGUGCCCACGAAGCUGGACCCCGAGGGCAAGUCCGCGUUCCACCUGGCGGCCAUGAGGGGCGCAGGCAGCUGUCUGGAGGUGAUGCUGUCACACGGCGCCAAUGUCAUGAGCACGGAUGGGGCAGGUUACAACGCUCUCCACCUAGCCGCCAAGUACGGGCACCCACAGUGCUUGAAGCAACUGCUGCAGGCCUCCUGCGUGGUGGAUGUUGUGGACAGCAGUGGGUGGACCGCCCUGCACCAUGCAGCGGCUGGCGGCUGUCUCUCUUGCUCAGAGAUGCUUUGCUCCUUCAAGGCACAUCUGAACCCCCGCGAUCGGUCAGGUGCAACGCCCCUCAUUAUAGCAGCUCAGAUGUGUCACACAGAUCUGUGCCGCCUCCUCCUGCAGCAGGGGGCUGCCGCGAAUGACCAGGACCUGCAGGGCAGGACUGCCCUGAUGCUGGCCUGUGAGGGGGCCAGCCCCGAAACUGUGGAGGUACUUCUCCAGGGCGGCGCCCAGCCAGGCAUCACGGACGCGCUGGGACAGGACGCGGCUCACUACGGCGCCCUGGCAGGGGACAAACUCAUCCUUCAUCUCCUGCAGGAGGCGGCCCAGCGCCCCUCCCCACCCAGUGCCCUCCCAGAAGAUGACUCGGGCGAAGCGUCGUCUCAGAACUCUGUGUCCAGCCAUGAAAAGCGAGGGGCUCCCAAGAAGCGGAAAGCGCCCCAACCCCCCGCCAGCAUCCCUGUGCCGGAUGACCGAGACGCCUAUGAAGAGAUCGUGAGGCUGCGGCAGGAGAGGGGCCGCCUCCUGCAGAAGAUCCGGGGCCUGGAACAGCACAGGGAACGGAGAAAGCAGGAGCCACCAGAGGCGGAGGCCAGCUCCCUGCACAGCCUGGAGAGGCAGGUGCAGGAGCUGCAGCAGCUGCUCGCGGAGAAGCAAGAGGAGAAGGAGAGUCUGGGGCGCGAGGUGGAGAGUCUGCAGAGCCGCCUGUCGCUGCUGGAGAACGAGCGGGAGAAUACCAGCUACGACGUGUCCACCCUGCAAGAUGAGGAGGGCGAGCUGCCUGACUUCCCAGGGGCCGAGGCACUGCUGUCCAGGCGGCUAAGCCCGUCGGCCCAGGAGCGCUUGGCCUCACUGCAAGAGCAGGUGGCUGCACUCACCAGGCAGAACCGGGAACUGAUGGAAAAGGUCCAGAUCCUGGAGGAGUUCGAGAAGGACGAGACGCAGAUGGAGGUGGCUGGUCCCGCCGAGGUCAUCCCCCUGGCCCUCUACGACUCUCUCCGGGCCGAGUUUGACCAGCUGCGCAGGCAGCACGCUGACGCCCUGAGCGCGCUGAGGCGGCUGCAGUCACGGGAGGUCACUGGGGAAGAGGAGGCCGCUUGCGGGGAUAGCGAGGGUGCAGGAACCAAGGCCACGGAAAAUGGGCUGACAGACACGGAGCUCAGUGGCACUGCCACUCCAGAAACCAAAGUUAAUGGAACCGAGGCCACAGAUGAGGAGGCUGCGGGAGUCGAAACCACAGAAGCCAGGACUUUGGAAGCUGCAUCCACGGGAACCGAGGCCACAGAAACCAAAUCCUUGGGGGCCGAGGGCACCGACACGAAGGCUGUGGAAGGGGACGAAAACACUGAAACUAAGACCACGGGGACUGAGGCCACGGGAGUGGAGGCCACGAAUACAAAAGCAGAAAAACCAGAAAUGCAGACCAGUGGAGUGGGUCCUGGGGAGGCAGAGCGUGCAGACACAGAGACCACAAACGUGGGGGCCACGGGCUUUGGUGCCACGGAUGUGGAGCCCACGGGAGUAGAGGCCACAGCCCCGGGAGUCCCCGCUGGCCCUGUCUUGCACCCUGGUGCUGCUGAGGCCUCGGAAAAGCUGCAGGCAGAGCUGGAGAGCAGGAUUCGUGGCCUAGAGGAGGCACUCCGGCAGCGGGAGCGAGAGGCGGCCACGGAGCUGGAGGCAGCCCGCGGAAAGUGCGAGGCCGCGGAGGCCGAGGCGGGCCGGCUGCGGGAGCGGGUGCGUGAGGCCGAGGGCAGCGGGACCGGUGGAGGCAGCGGUGGCAGCGACACGGCCCAGCUGCGGGCGGCCCUGGAGCAGGCCCGGGAGGACCUCCGAGCCCGGGACUCCCGCCUGCGGGAGCUGGAGGAGGCCACGGCCUGGCUGGACGAGGCCCGGGCUGGCCGGCUGCUGGCCGAGGAGGAGGCCCGGGGCCUGCGGGCAGAGCUGGCCGGGCGGGAGGAGGUGCGGCUGGAGCAGAGCCGGGAGCUGGAGGCCCUGCGGGAACAGCUGGCCACGGCCACGGCCACGGGCGAGCAGCAGCGGGCUGCGGCCGCCGAGCUGGGCCGCGCGCGGGAUGCGGCGGAGGCCCGGGUUGCUGAGCUGGCCGCCGCCUGCGAGGAGGCCCGGCGGGGGCUGGCAGAGCUGCGUGAGGCUUCCGAGGCCCUGCGCCAGUCUGCGGUGCCGGCUUCCGAGCACCAGCGGCUGCAGGAGGAGGCCCUUGAGCUGCGGGGCCGGGCGGCCAGUCUGGAGCAGGAGGUGGUGGCCACGGGCAAGGAGGCCGCCCGGCUGUGGGCAGAGCUGGAGCGCGAGCGCGUGGGCAGCGUGGCACUCUCGGAGCACGAGCGUGUAGUGGGCGCUCUGCGGGCUGACGUGGCCCGGCUGGAGGGGCAGCUGGAGGAGCUGGGACGGCGGCACGAGAGGACCAGCGCCGAGGUCUUCCAGGUGCAGCGGGAGGCGCUGUUCAUGAAGAGUGAGCGCCACGCGGCAGAAGCCCAGCUGGCCACGGCGGAGCAGCAGCUACGCGGGCUACGCACUGAGGUCGAGCGAGCACGCCAGGCCCAGAGCCGUGCCCAGGAGGCCCUGGACAAGGCCAAGGAGAAGGACAAGAAGAUCACAGAACUCUCCAAAGAAGUUUUCAGUCUUAAGGAGGCCCUGAAGGAGCAGACGGCUGCCCCGGCCACCCCCGAGGUGGAGGCCCUGCGGGACCAGGUGAAGGUCUUGCAGCAGCAACUGGAGGAGUCUGCCAGGGACCACAGUGCCGUGGUGGCUUUGUACAGGAGCCACCUGCUAUACGCCAUUCAGGGCCAGAUGGACCAGGACGUACAGCGAAUCCUCAGCCAGAUCGUGCAGAUGCAGCGGCUCCAGGCUCAGGGCCGCUGA